AUGCAGGCCGACUUUGAUAGGUCACUUUUUCGCUCCGAACCCACAGCGGAAGAUAUCCUCGCAGCGAAUGCCCAGAUACAAAAGCAUGAGCUCACGAUCACAUCCAUACAAUCCCAGAUGAACCAGCUCAUGCUAGAUCUCCAGCGGCUCCGGAAAGAACAGCUAAAGCAUGUCGAUGAAAUACGCUUUCACAAGGGGAUCAUCUCCCUCGCUCGCCGGAUCCCUGAGGAACUGCUCAGCAAGAUCUUCGAGCACUGCAUUGAAGACGGCUGGACGCGUGCGCCAAUCGUCGUAGGUCAUGUAUGUUCGAUGUGGAGGUUGGCUACGCGUGCCCCGCGGGUGUGGUCGCGUGUCUACGUCGACUGUGAUUCGCCAGUUGUCGUGGACCGUUUGCGUUUCUGGCUUUCGAGAGCGUGCUCUUCACCCUUGCAUAUCACGAUAACUGCAUCAUCAAUGGUGGCUUCUUCUACAUUCACCAAUGUCAUGGCCAUCCUGGGCAGUCGCGCAGACCAAUGGAGGUCUCUGUCGAUCGACAUCCCAACCCUGUACGAGUUAUCUAGCUGCAUCCAGGAAUGCGACUUCAACAUGAAUAAUUUAGCGGAGCUCUGGAUCAGGGUGGAAAUACUCCGAGCUGGAAAUCCUAAUGACAACAACGCUGAUGCUCUGGAAUUGAAGUCUUUCUUCCGCCUAGCACGCGCUCCCAAGCUGCACGCCAUCCGCUACACCUGUAAUGUCAUACCAUCGAUCCCCAUCUUCCCGUCUCACAUUCGCGACCUCCACUUGACAACAUUCGAGAGCCCUAUCUGGCGCCCUCUGUCUGCUGCAUCGCUUUUCGUACUCCUGGAAGAUCUACCGGAGCUGCAGUGUUUUACCAUGAGUAUGCCGCUCAUGUAUGCACGGCCAUUCGUCCCAGUACCCGACUUCACUCGCACUGUCACGCUAUCGAAGCUCGAGUCGCUGACCAUGUACGGCCCAACCGACCUGAAUGGACUCCUCUCCCACCUCCUCGUCCCCGCUCUUCGCCGCCUCCACCUGCGCUCGCUCGAGGACCUCGGGUACCGCCAGCAUUCGUUGGGACCGAGCCUCCUGCGCCUCAUCGAAAACUCCGUGCCCCCACUCGAGCUCCUCGAACUGCAUGAUGUUGACCUCUCCCCCGAGUAUUUCGCGCGGUGCUUCACGGCCACGCCAGUCCUGCGCGAACUUCGCCUGCACGAGUCCUCCAUAUCCGAUGCCACUCUCAAUCUGCUCAAUGGUCCGAGUGGGCUGUGCCCACGCCUUACCCGACUUGACAUGCGGUGGUGCGGCCUUCUCCGCGGUACGGCUUUGGUUGACCUCGUGCGCAGUCGCCAUGUCGAGCCCGGUGCCCCCAGCGGAGAAGUGGGCGUGUCAAAGUCGGAUCUCAUCGCUGAGGUCGCAGUCAUCAAUUGCUGCUUCGUCGGGGAACGAGACGUGUUGGAUCUGGCGAGGAUGACUACAUGCAGAGUGGUGAUGCGCGACGGCGAUGACUACUGUCAAUAG